GUAAAAUCGGAAAAGCAGAAGAGAUUUUGCUCUGGCUUUAUUUUCAAUUGGACAAAUCGCAACGUAAACAGCCGGAAAAUGUCGCGACAAGCCUCCCGACUGGACGCCAAGAAAGUGUAAGUGGUGUGGUGAGGGCACACGCGGGAAUCAAUCGCACGAAUCGCGAGUGCCGCCAGCUGCGUGCGGGCUAUGGAAACCCAUUUCAGCGCAAGCUCCCGCCCCACAACAGCCACGCCUAGAAUGAGCGCAGCCUCCUCCGCCGCCGCCGCCGCAAGCAGCAAUAGCAGCAGCACCAGCAACAACGCCGGCAGCAACACUUUGAAUGUAAACACGGCUGCGGGAACCACCAAUGCCGCCGCCGCCCAGCCAAUCCAGGUGAUACCCAUGCCGCUGCUGAAUACGGGAGGAGCCCAGAUUAUAAUCGGACAGCAGCCUCAGGGCCAGGCGACGGGCCUGCAGCCCCAGCUGAUACCGCUGCAGGCCAACCAGAUCAUGCUGCAGGCGGCAGCGCAGCAACAGCCCCAGAUGCAGGUGAUGCAGCUGCCCGACGGGCAGACCAUUUUCUACCAGACGCCCACCAUUGCCCAGUUGGAUCCCAAUGCGGCGGCCGCUGCAGCUGCUGCCGCCGUUGCCGCCCAGCCGACGCCCCACUACCUCAACAUCAAUGGCCAGCUAGUGCAGAUAACGCCGGCGGCAAAUUCUAAUCAAGCGGCCACAGCCGGUGGCCAGCAGAUCAUCAUGGUACCGCAGACGGCAAUGGCGGCGGUGAAUGCAGCAGCGGCCAAUGCAGGAGCUGCAGGAGUGGGCACGGUGGUCACCCAACAACAACAACAGCAGCCGGUUCAAUCACAGGCCCAGCAACAACAACAGCAGCAGCAGCAACAGAGCGCAGCGGCGGCUGCUGCUGCAGCGGCCAGCGCUGCCGCGAAUAAUGUUAGCGCCGCCGAUGUCAGCACUAGUACCACGGGGACAAAUACGAACAGCGAGGACGAGAGCUCCAAGGGCGAGGCGGAUGAGGAGCCGCUCUAUGUGAAUGCCAAACAGUACAAACGCAUUCUGAUCCGUCGGCAGGCCAGGGCCAAGCUGGAGUCUCGCAUACCCAAGGAGCGGUGUAAAUAUCUGCAUGAAUCUCGCCAUCGGCAUGCGAUGAAUCGGGCACGAGGCGAGGGCGGGCGCUUCCAUUCGGCGCAAGAGAAGGGCGAUCAGUCCGGACCGGAUGGCGGCGGCGGCAUGCCGAUGGCACCAAGCAGCAUGACCCUUAGUCGGGGCACGGCGCGGGCACCACCGAAGCUGAUAGCGCCACACCAAACGCCUAGCAUAACCAUAACGGCGAUCAAGUCGGAGUAACUUAACCGCCGCCGCUUAGCUGUAGAUACCAGAUUAGAUCAUAGUUCACAUAUGUAGCUCUAAGGCAGCCACAACAUCCACCCUGUUCGGACUUGAAUUGUAUUUAUUCUCAGUUUAUCUGCUUGGUUCCCAAUUCCGUUUUCACCGAAGAUUAGUUCAGUUAGUUAAUUUUUUAAUUUUUUUUUUAAUUCUUUACAAAAUGUCUUUAAAAGUAGGCUAGUGCUAGCAAUAACCAUGCAAAUUUUUUAUGGCUUACUUUCCGAGACAUUAUUUUCCCAAUUUAUUUUAUUUUUUUUGGAAUAAUGCAUUACAAUUAUGCUAGUGCUGGUAUAACCCAUUUAGUUUACUUUUCAAGAUAUUUCUUACGGAAUUAAUAACCUGCUACUACUGUGGCAUACCUUUUUGAAUACAAUUUAUAAUUAUAUCCUCUUGAAGUGCAGAUAAAAAUUGUGCAAUUUGUAUCCAAGAACUAAGCCUUGAAUACUUGAUAAAUUUUACAAAAAGCCAGAAACUUUUACAUGUAUCUCCAACCCUAUACAAAAUGGAAUUGGGAAUCCAGCCUGAGUCACAGCUCAAAUAAUAGCAAUUAGUAGACCAAAUCAGUUCCCAAAACGCCGCAUAAUAAACUCAAAGAUAAUGUUUAUAAACUUUAAAGACUA